AUUGCCUGCAGGAUGUGGUGAGGGCGCUGGCGAUGGGGUCGUGCCUGCCGGCAGGCCAGCGGCCGACGGAGGUGGCGGCACUACCCGGGAAGGUGGGAGGAGGCAGUAGGAGGGGGGAGGAGGCCCCCGGCAGGAUUGCUGGGAUUGGAACUGGCAAUGUGGCUUGCCUCUUCACGCGGCAGGGGAAGAAGGGCACCAACCAAGACGCCAUGGUCGCGUGGGAGAACUUCAAUGGGAGAUCAGACACAGUAUUUUGUGGAGUUUUUGAUGGUCAUGGUCCACAUGGACAUCUCGUCGCGCGGAAAGUAAGAGAUACUCUCCCUUUGAAGCUGUGUGAUUUGAUAUAUUGUGACUAUGGAGAGAGCCCAACCAGCAAUUCAGAUGGAUCAGUUUUAGAAGAGAGUUUAUCUCCAUACCCAGAUGCAGAGGACAAAUCUCCCACAUUCACCGCACAGAAAGAAGAACAUCUAGAAUUCUUUGACUUAAUGAAAGAGUCUUUCCGAAAAGCUUUUAGAGUUAUGGAUAAGGAGCUUAAAUUACAUCGGAACAUAGAUAGCAUUUGCAGUGGAACUACCGCAGUUACUUUAAUUAAACAGGGGCAGGACCUUAUUGUCGGGAAUCUAGGUGACUCUAGAGCUGUAUUAGGCACUAGAGAUCAGAACGGUCAUUUGGUUGCCCAUCAGUUGACAGUUGACCUGAAACCUGAUCAUCCAAGAGAGGCUAGGAGGAUCAAGCGAUGUAAUGGACGGGUCUUUGCUCACCAGGAUGAACCAGAUGUGGCUCGCCUUUGGCUUCCUAACUGCAACUCUCCAGGCCUAGCAAUGGCACGAGCUUUUGGUGAUUUUUGUCUAAAGGAUUUUGGGCUGAUCUCUGUACCUGAGGUCACCUAUAGGCGAAUCAUGGAGAAGGAUCAGUUCAUCGUCCUUGCCACUGAUGGGGUGUGGGAUGUUCUGUCCAACCAGGAAGUGGUGGAAGUUGUUGCCUCAUGCUCUGGCCGUUCUGGCGCAGCUCGUGCUGUUGUUGAUCUAGCAAAUCAGACCUGGAAAUUCAAGUACCCAACCUCCAAAACGGAUGAUUGUGCAGUGAUCUGCCUUUUCCUGAGCAAAGAUGCGGCUGCAGGUGGGUUAUCAGGGCUUUCUGUUGCUAGCAAGGGAAUUGGAUCUAGUCCAGGGAUGCCACCGCGAUUAAGGACCCCCCAACACUUCAGUAAAAGGGUAAUUCCAGAGGAUGCCGAUGAUGAAUGUGACCCAAAUAUAAGUGGAGAUGAGAGGUCAUUGGAGGGCUUCACCUGGUUGAACACGCUUUUGACACUACCAAAGUUUGGUGAUACAAGUCCAACCAAGAAAUGAAGUUUACUGAUGUUGAUGUGCGAGUCUGCAGUUAGCAGGCACAUUCGCUGAUGUUUUGGAGAUGAGAGCCUUAUUGGCUAUAUUAGCAUGCCCGGUGAGCUCCUGUCCGAAUGUCGGUUUACUCUUAAGGCUUUGUUCGGUUACACCCUGCCCUAAGAGGAUUGGAGGGGAUUUGGGGGGGAUUUGACCUGUAGAGGAUUUAAUCCACCUCAAUCCCUGUCAAAACCCCUCCACAACCCUGUCAACCGAACAUGGCCUAAGGAUGAGUAGGGUUACUGUUUUAUGUAAAUCCUAACUCUCAUUGUGCAACAUGCGUUGGGAGGCAAGUUUCAGUUUGUUUCGAGUCGGCUUUGCCUUUCUUGUAUGGCUGCCCUUCAAGCUGAGUUUAUAUAUAUGUUAAUACGAUGUACGUGCUCGGUUUUCUA